GAAUGGAUUGAAAUAUUUUAAAGUAAUCAUUGUAUUUAGUGUUACCAUUUAGAAAAUCAAAAUAUAUGCCGUAUUCGAAACCCCCAUGCACACCGUAUAUCUCAGGUAUUUGGCACGGCGCACAAAUUUGGCGCUUGUAUCUGCCAAAUCCAUGCUAGCGCACCUGACCUCUCAUGUAUUUGGCGGCGCAGGGAUUUGGCUUCACACCACAUCGUCUGUACCGUCUGGGCCUCGGGCUGUGUCGGAACAACUUUCACUGCAGGGGUAACAACUUUCACUGCCCAGCAAGGUCAAGUACAGGGCUCAGAGGUUACAAGGGUAACAAGAUGCCAAAGGAAGGCAAGGGAAGCGCCCCACCUACCCCCACCCCCACCCCUGCCAGUGCAGACCCAAUCCCCACCCCCAGUCCCACCCCCACCCCCGCGGUCGUAGAUCCGAUCGCAGCUCCUCCAGCCAUGGACCACGCAGAGUUCCGGAGGAUGGGGAAGGAGAUGGUGGAUUACAUCGCUGACUACAUGGAGGGGAUCGAGACACGGCCGGUGUUUCCUAGUGUGAAGCCGGGAUAUCUGCGAGAGAUGAUCCCAGACUCAGCACCGCAGGACCCAGAGAGCUGGGAGAAUGUGCAGGCAGACAUCGAGCGUGUCAUCAUGCCUGGGGUGACAUUUUGGCACAGUCCACACUUCCACGCCUGCUUCCCAACUGGCAACUCCUACCCUGCACUCCUGGGGGACAUGCUGUCUGGUGCUAUCGGCUGUGUAGGGUUCUCCUGGGCUGCCAGCCCUGCCUGUACAGAACUGGAGACAGUGGUGCUAGACUGGCUGGGGAAGAUGCUGCAGCUGCCGGAGUGUUUCCUGUCCGGAACAUCGGGGGAGGGGGGCGGUGUUAUACAGGGCACAGCUAGUGAAGCGACACUAGUAGCCCUGCUUGCCGCCCGCUCCAAGGCAGUGCAGAAGUUUAAAUCAGACCGUCCCGAGAUGUCCGACCAUGACAUCAUGGGCAAACUGGUGAUCUACACUUCUGAUCAGGCGCAUUCCUCCGUGGAGCGGGCGGCCAUGUUGGGCGCUGUCAGGUGCAGGAAGCUGCAGACUGACGAGGACCUCGCGCUGAGGGGAGCGGUACUGCAGGCUGCUGUGCAGGAGGACAGAGCUCAGGGACUUCUGCCUUUCUUUGUGGUUGCUACGCUGGGGACCACGCCCUCCUGUGCCUUCGACAGCUUACAGGAACUUGGACCCGUCUGUCGUGAGGAGGUCAUGUGGCUGCAUGUAGACGCGGCGUACGCCGGCAGUGCCUUUAUCUGCCCUGAGUACAGACCACUGCUGGAUGGGGUGGAGUUUGCAGAUUCCUUCAACUUUAACCCCCACAAGUGGAUGAGGGUGAACUUUGACUGCUCAGCCAUGUGGAUUCGGAACCGAGCAGACAUCGUGGACGCAUUCAACCUGGAUCCACUCUACCUCAAACAUGACAACCAAGGUUUGGUGACAGACUACAGGCACUGGCAGAUUCCGCUAGGGCGGCGCUUCCGCUCGCUGAAGCUGUGGUUCGUGUUACGCAUGUUCGGGGUCAAAGGUCUUCAGGAGCAUAUCAGGAAGCAAGUCGGGCUGGCUAAGGAGUUUGAGACCCUUGUAAGGAGCGACGAGAGAUUCGAGGUUACAGCUAAGGUGGUGCUAGGGCUGGUCUGCUUCCGACUCAAGGGUUCCAAUGACGUUAACGAGCUGCUACUUAAGAAGAUUAACGAUGGGAAGAAGAUCUACCUGGUCCCGUCCCAGAUGCGAGGAGCAUACUUCCUGAGAUUUGCCGUCUGCGCCGCCACGACAGCAUCUCAAGACGUCUCCUACGCCUGGGAGAUUAUCAGUCAGCUGGCCGGCGACGUCUUACAGGGGGAAAACAGCGGAAACAACAAAGAUGGUGAAAAAUAGGCGGCGUAACUUUUAAAAUCAGCAUUUUAGGGGAGGCAGCAUUAUUCAGGUUUUGGUCCUUUAAUCUGUUGGGGAGUGUUUUCAGUGGGCGGGUGACAUUUCACAGGGAGAAAACAGUAAAAACAACAA